UUCGAAAAGAAAGAGAGGACGCAGGUCGCAGCAAUCGAUGCCUUGGCCUUGCUUCAGGAAGUUCAAUGUACGGUAGAGAAUGUAGCUAAGCUCAAAUGAAUCGAGGCAUGGCGGCACGCGAUGGCAGACCAGCUCUUUUAUGUAGGUCUCCUUUGGCUUCCUGCUCUUCACCCCUUGGGACGAACUUGCAAUCCAUCCUCGCUCCGUGGUUCCUGGAAAGGAGAUGACCCCGCAGGUUUAGCUGCGAGGAAUAGAGUAGAAGGCUCCUUUGGGGAAAUGGGCCUUGCAGAAGCACCUUGUUUCACGGCAAGGUUUCCCGGUUCAGCGGAUUCAUUUUGCAAGCGUCUGUCAAGCGAGGCCUAUAAGUGGAAUUAGAUUGCGGAGUUGUCCCUGACUUCAGGUGAGGCCAUGGUUGAUGAGGCCACGCCAUAUCCGUACAUGUGCGGCCUGCAGGUCCCAGGACUCCCAAG